GACUGCUAAUUCCUUAUCCAUGUGUUACUCAUUUCAACCGUUGGAUGAUCAGUAAAGAGGUGAGGGUCCACGGAUAGACGGCUUGGAUGCAUCCCAGCUCGAACAUGAACAUGUAAAGAAGAAACGUUUCUGAUCGUACUCUCAAAAUUUCUUAGAGAAUCUCUAAUGGCGGAACCAAAACCAGCACCUACUACGACUUCAGAAGAAAAUGUAAAAGCACCAAACUUGUUGGAGAGAGCCAAGGAAGAGGUUGAGGCAAUAACCCAUGCUCAGAAAUCCCCUACCCAUGAUAAAGAAACGCAUGGAACGAGUGAUGACAUUGAUGAGAAUACCCAGAUAGAUGAAGUCAAAGGUCCAGGUGUGUUUCAACGAAUGAAAGAGGAAAUUGAGGCCCUUGUCGACGCAAUUUUUCCAAAGAAAGAGUCCAAAAGUGGCAAGUAAUCCAAUUCGCAAUAUUGUUACAACUUACAAUGUUGAUUUGGUUCUAUGUAUGUGUUUUUGCUUUACUUUAACAAUAUUAUGGGAAAACAUUGUAGUUUGGAAUGCAAUUGUUCUUCUUAUUUAUUUGAUGUACUCAUCCUAUUCUACAUGAGUAAUAAAUGGUUCAGUUAAUUUGGUGCUA